UUUUAGGUUUUACUCUAGAAAAUAUCACGCCGCCGGCCGUUCCACAUAUUGGAUGAUUUCGACCACCCCCAUUGUUACGGUGGUGGUUUUCUUGAUUCAAACAGAGGUUGGUUUUCUUGAUUCCAUAACCAGUGAAACCCUAAAGGAUCCUUCCCGUUACUUGAAUCAUCUUCCAAUUUCUGCGUCGUCUCCCAAAUCCCGAAUUGAUCCUUCGUCGUCGCUGCUUGAAUCAUCUAGGAUCCACGCCAUACAAAAUCUCAGUUUGGCUACCCUUGACUUGGGGUUGCAUAGUAAGUAUGUUCGUAUUGCUUUAGAAGGGCAGCCUACUAUUGUCGUUGAUGAUUUAUUUGUUAUGGAUCACUUCAUUCUAAACGCGCAGACACGAAGGCUUAGCCUUUUAUGUGGUUUUUCAAUGCCUCAGCCAAGGUGCGCCUCAAAUCGCCUUUUAAACCAUGAAUGCAGGUUCAACUGUCAUUUGGCUGGAUGAUCAUUUAAAAACAAUGAUCAGUUGGAAGCAGCAAUCAAGCUUGACUCAAUUAUCACUGUAAGUAUGUUGUUCCAAACUUCCAAUGCAAGGUUCAUAAGAAGAGAAUUGGUAUAUGGUCUGUGGUCGAAAAAGAAGAAGGUGAAUGGCUGAUGCAGAUGGCAGUGGUAUGCCUGUAAAGUCAACUUCUGUUUUUGAUGAUGAUAAGUUAGAGGUGAAACCAAUGUAAAGUCAACUUCUGUUCUGAUGAUAAUAAGUUAGAGGUGAAACCAAUGGCUGUUUUAGUCCUUAAACAUGUUUUUUUAAAUAUGGAAUGUAUAAUCUUAGAAUUAGCUUUUGAA